CCGUGCCGUGCCGUGCGGGCUGGCCGGGCGCAGGGCGCUGCGCGAUGGCUCCGCGCCCCGCGGGCAACGCGAGCGCCUGGGCGGCCGCGGGCAACGCCACGUGGGGCGCGGGGGCGCAGUGGGCGCUGGGCACCGCGCUCAGCCUGGUGGUGCUGGUCAUCGUGGCCGGCAACCUGCUGGUGAUCGUGGCCAUCGCGCGCACGCCGCGCCUGCAGACCCUCACCAACGUCUUCGUCACCUCGCUGGCCUGCGCCGACCUGGUGAUGGGGCUGCUGGUGGUGCCCCCCGGCGCGGGGCUGGUGCUGCGGGGCCACUGGCCCUACGGCAGCGCGGGCUGCGAGCUGUGGACGGCGCUGGACGUGCUGUGCGUGACGGCCAGCAUCGAGACGCUGUGCGCCAUCGCCGUGGACCGCUACCUGGCCAUCACGGCGCCGCUGCGCUACGAGGCGUGGGUCACCAAGGGCCGGGCGCGGGCCGUCGUGUGCCUGGUGUGGGCCGUGUCGGCUUGCGUGUCCUUCUUGCCCAUCUUCAACCACUGGUGGCGCGACGGGGCGGACGCGGAGGCGCGGCGCUGCUACGACAACCCGCGCUGCUGCGACUUCGUCACCAACCUGCCCUACGCGCUGCUGUCGUCCGGCGUCUCCUUCUACCUGCCGCUGGUGGUCAUGCUCUUCGUCUAUGCCCGCGUCUUCGCCGUGGCCAGCCGCCAGGUGCAGCUUAUCGCCCGCGACCAGGGCCGCUUCGAGCUGGGCCCCGGGCCGCGUCGGGCCUCGCGCCUGCUGGCGGCCCGCGAGCACAAGGCGCUCAAGACGCUGGGCAUCAUCAUGGGCACCUUCACGCUGUGCUGGCUGCCGUUCUUUGUGGCCAACAUCUUGCGCGCUGCGUGCCGCCCGCUUGUGCCCGCCCAGGCCUUCAUCUUCCUCAACUGGCUGGGCUACCUCAACUCCGGCUGCAACCCGCUCAUCUACUGCCGUAGCCCCGACUUCCGCCGUGCCUUCAAGCGCCUGCUGGCAUGCCCGCGCCGUUGCCCCCAUGCCACCCCCUCCUGGCCCAGCCUGCGCCUGCCCUGCGCCCAGGGCCCAGGCCCCGAUGGGCAGGCGGGUGGCAGCAGUGCCAGCAGCAGCCGCUCCAACAGUGGUGCUGAUGGAGCAGGCCUGGCCUGCAGCAACGGGCACGGCAAUGGCUUGGCCCCACGACCGCUCACUGACGCAUUGCUGCAGGGCACCUGCACAACGCUCUGCCCGGCCCUGCAACAGUUUACCAGCAAAGAAGCCUCAGAAGGUCCUGGAGCCUGACUAUAAGGGAAGGAAAAAGAAGCAUGAACAUGGCCAGGCCUUCUGUGGAGAACUAUUACUCUUGGUUCAUGUACCAACUCUGUCCAUCUGAAAAGAGAAAUGAGACCUAUAGGCAGAUAUUCAUUGUACUUUUGGUGUUGACUUGGGUAUUUUGAAAGGCAGAUACCUUAACUUUGUGGCAAUUUCUCCAGGGUUAGACAUUAUGCAGAGGAAAUUGUACCUUAGAGAGAUGUGUUGCAUGCAGGUGGCAUCUUUCCAGUGCAUCUGACAGAUGCAUAAGAAAGAGAUGGUGCUUUGCUGCAAUGAAGGCUUUUUUUUUUUCAGCCCGAUUGCUUGGGAUUACACCAGAGCCCAAGAGGGCUGAGCCCAGGGGAUUUAGUCAUACUCUGACGUCUCUGGCGAUAGAGGUUUGGAUCCAGUUCUGGAUACAGCUCCAGAACUUCUCAUGAUGUGAAGCUGGACUUGGUAUCAGAGUGACCUCCCUCUCCAAGGCUAGGAGAUGAAUGAAUGCCAGUACUUCUCAGGACACUGGUCCGAUCAAGAACUGACCAAAAUCAAUGUGAACAGCAUACGUGGUCUCCAAAGAGCCUGCAAGGUCUGAAGAAGGUCUGAAAGUGUCUCCUGUAUGGAUUGCAAGAGAAAUUACUACCUCAGAAGCGGGACAUCAGUAUGCAGCUGGAGCCUGAAUGUGGGGGCCAGAGGUUUCUACUCUCUGGGAUGGAGUCUUAACCUCCGUGGCACUGUAAGCGCUAGGUUUGCAGGACAAGUUGAUUCUGUACACCUGCCCAAAGUGGCUGUAAAAUGCAACCAAAACCAACUGCACGGGUGUAAAUGGUUACACAAAGUGCCAGGCAGGGCCCAGGCUGCUGAGCUACUAUUUCCAUAGCAUGCAUCUGCUGGCCUCAAAGCAUCAGGAUUUUACACAGAAUGUAACAGGACUUGGGAGACUCUGGGAUUAUGUCCUGGGUGGUGAUGGUGGGGGGGAGUGCACUGAAUACAGCUGGACCUCUUGCUGGAGCCCAAGCUGAAGGGAUAAAAGGCCUCAGAUAAGCAAGUGAUCUUCACUUUAAUUUCAUUGCCUAAAUCACUGCCUGCGUGGGCAGCACAAAUAGCUGGCAUUGAAGAAUAUCCAUUCCACCUGAAAAAAAAGCCCAUUAUAAAAUGGCAACUGUGUCAUGUUCUGCACACUCGGGGCUGGAUUGUGCCAGGGGCUCAGCAUCUUGUACUAGAGGGCACCUGUUGCUGCUCUUUGCUUCUGAGCUGAGGCAGGCAGUUGCUCCAAGCUAGGUUUCAAAGGGGUUUAGGUUCCUGGCAGGGUUUUCCAACCUGCUGAGGCACUACUGGAGAUGGGCAGCUUGGUGUUUUAGAAAAUCCCCCCAAGCACCUGCGUGCAUCUCUGCACUCAACCACCUGUAAAAAAUAUGGCCCUAAGGAGCUGAUCUACAGAGGCUUUGAGCGCCUGCAACUCUGAGCCAGUUCAGUGGGAGCUGGUGCUGGCUCUUCAGGUGGACCCGCAAAGGAUGGCUGCAGACCUCUGUGACUUGAUAUCAUCCAUAUACCUCGCUGUGAAUACCUGCUGAAACCUCAGGCUGGACAGCUCCUUGGAGCUGCAGGCAGCUGAUGCUCAUGUGGCAUGCUCCUCCAGCCAUAUAAAGCUUGCAUUUCAAGUGGGUGCCAGCUCUUAAUUUAGAGCUCCUUGACACGGGAUGAGGGGUAGAAAUGAAAAUCCAGCCCUGGGAUGUUCGGCUGUACAAUAGCUCAGCAGCACGGAGCACUGUAAAUAGGCCACAUUGUGUACCAACAGGUGUUUGUAUUUAUGAGUGUGUGCAUAUGCCGAGCUUACUUGUGAUGACUUUCCCUGAGAUGUUUCUGGUUGUAAAUAUAUUAGAGACGUUGACUUUUUUUUUUUUUUUUUUUGCGCCAGAAAUAAGCCUUCCAAAUGCCUGACUGUUGUAAGAAAAAAAAAUACAAACACCUUAACAUA